CACACGAACACACGUUCACACACACAUCAAAUCUUCUAAAAUGGCCUGCAUUGCCUCCUCCUUCACCGGCUCCGUCGCGGCCCUCAAGGCGACCAAGGUCACGCAGGCCAAGUCCGUGUCCACCGUCGUCAAGGCGGACAUCUACCCGGAGUUCGGCACCUACCCGGGCGGCGGCGAGUCCCCGAUCAUCCCCUUCGGCUCCGAGAAGAACGCCGAGCGUGAGGUCAUCCACGGCCGCUGGGCGAUGCUCGGCGUGACCGGCGCGUGGGCGGCGGAGAACGGCACGGGCAUCCCCUGGUUCACCGCGGGCACCCUCUGCACCCCGGACGACUGCACCGCCGUCGCGGACAAGUUCCCGGGCGCCGUCGCGCCCCUCGCGCCGGAGGGCUCCGGCUACCCGUCCUUCUGGGCCGUCCUCGCCAUCGAGGUCGUCCUCGUCGGCCUCGCCGAGGCGUACCGCACCGGCCUCUCCGACCCGGUCUUCGACGAGCUCACCGUCGGUGACGUCUCCCCGGGUGGCCGCUUCGACCCCCUCGGCCUCGCCGAGUCCGGUGACCUCGAGGAGCUCAAGAUCAAGGAGCUCAAGCACUGCCGCCUCUCCAUGUUCGCGUGGCUCGGCUGCAUCAUGCAGGGCCUCGCCACCCAGGAGGGCCCCAUCGCCAACUGGCAGGCGCACGUCGCGGACCCGGUCCACGCCAACGUCCUCACGAACGCGGCGUCCGGCUUCGGCUUCUACUAAGCGGCGCGCGCGUCUUUUUUCUCGAAUAAAUAACGUUCGAGGAGAAGUGUUCGCCCGUGAAGGGAAUCAUUCUUACGUACGAUCGAUUGGUGUGGGUUCGCGUCUAGUUGAAACCUCGUUUUAACGAAACCGCGAGCCUCGUGAAAAAAAAUCUCUUGAAAUAAAGCCUCGCCCGAUCCU